AUGAAAAUAAUUUUUUUUUUGUUUUUUUUUGUUUUUUUUAUCACUAAUUCUUAUGGAAUAAAUGAAGAUGAAAAUUAUAAUGAUCUUAUUAGUAAGUUAGAUAAAAUAGAAGAAUUAGUUGUACAAGGAUAUGAUAUAUUUAAAAAAAAAAAAGUAGAAGAUAAUGAAACAUCAAAAAAAUUAAUACUUAGUUUCAUUAAGAAAGUUGAAGAACUAAAAUUUCCAAAACUUGAACGUUUAUUAAAACAUAUAUCUACUGUAAUUAAAGAAAAAAAUGGAUUGACAUAUUUAAUUGAAAGAUAUGAAGAAUUUGAUGAAUUAAUGAAUAUGAUAGAUUUUUACUUUGAUUUAUUAAGAGCAAAACUUCAUGAUAUGUGCAUGCAUGGUGUUUGUAACAUACCAUUUUAUCUUAAAAUUGAAAAUAGUGAAUUAAAUAUUCUUAGAGAGGUAGUUUUAGGUUAUAGAAAACCUUUACAAAAUAUUAAAGAUAAUUUAAAAAAAAUAGAAUCCUUCGUUAAAGUUAAUGAAGAUACUGUAAAAAAACUACAACAGUUGACUACUACAGCGAAUGAAACUAUAACUAGCAAACAAGGCAGCCUUAAUGGCGAUGAACAUACCAAUGUCGACAAUAGAAAAGCUACAUAUAGAGCACAAUAUGAUAUUCUUUUAUAUAAUAAGCAAUUAGAAGAAUCCCAAAAAUUGAUAGAAGUGCUAAAUCAACACAUUAAAAAAAUAAAGGAAAAUGAAGAAAUAAAAAAAUUACUUGAGAAAAUUAAUGAAUUAAGUACACCAGAACCACAAAUUGAACAAAAUAAAACAAAAAUUGCUGAACUUGAAGUUAAAAUACAAGAUAUUGCAAAAACUAUAGAACUUAAUAUAGAUGGUUUAUUUACAGAUUCUCUUGAAUUAGAAUAUUAUUUAAGAGAGAAAAAAAAAAAAAUUACUAAAAAAACAAAUCCUGAAGAUCCUCAAGAAAGUAUAGACGAUAUAAUGAUUUCUGACUUUUCAAAUGAAGUAUAUCCUAAUGGUAUUGAAAGACCUAUGACAGAUAAUAAUAUUAAAAAUAUAAUAAAGAAAGAUGAAGAAGAAUCAUCUGGUAACUUGAUUGAUCCACAAUAUGGGAAUCCAAUAGAAUCAGAAGAUAUUUUCGCAGAUGAAAAUUCAUUAAAAACUUUUAUGAAUAAAGUUAAAGAGAAUAUUGAAUCAUUAAAACAGAUAUUAUCCCAUUCAAAAACUAAUUACGACAGGACGCAUAAAUCAUAUAAUGAGGAAGCAAAAACAUACAAACCAUUAAUUGAGGAAUUUUAUAGAUUAAAACGCUAUAAUGCUCUUAAAGAAAAACAAGUUACGGAUUUAGUGUCAAAAAGAACCUCUUUUAUUUUAAGUAAAAAUAAGUUCAAACCAAUUGCAGUCUUUUACGAAGAUUCUGAAUUGUUUCUUGAAAAAUUGGAAAAACAAUAUAAAUAUUUAGAAGACUUUUUAAUAAAAAAAGAAUUUGUUAAAAGAGAGAUUAGUUAUUAUAUGAAAUUAAAAGAAAAAUUAGAAGAUGAAAUUAAUCAAAUAACACAAAAUAUAGAUGAAAAUGAAAGAGAAUUAUUACAAAACCCUAGUGAUAUAGAUGAUAUUUAUGAAGAUUUACAAAUAAAUAAAGAGUUGCUAGCCGAAAAAAUAGAAGAUUUAAAAAAUACAGAACGUUUAUUAAAGAAUGCUAAAUUCAAAGAAAAACUUAAAGUUCCAAGUGUAUAUAAAUCUAAUAAGAAGUCAGAACCUUAUUAUUUAGUUGUUAUAAAAUAUGAAGUUGAUAAAAUGGCAAAUCUUAUACCAAAAAUAAAAAAUAUGUUAGAAACAGAAAAAGGAAAAUUAGCAGAAUUAAUGAAAUCUACAACUACAGGAGAAACAACUUCACCAGAAGUCGAAACUUUACAAAGAGAUGUAACUGUCGGAGGAGAAGAUGAACCACAAACAGACUUAGGAACAGGUACGUUACCACAAAAUACAGUUACAAAUGAUUCGGAAUCAUCAGAUGCUUCUAAAAUAUUAUCACCACCAAGUCCAGAUCAAGUACCUAUUACGCAAGAACCAACCUUACCAGUACAACAAAAUUCAGAAAAUACUGAAAAUCCUGUAGAAACAAUAAGAAAAAAAAUAGAUUUUUUUGAAAAAUUGCAUAAUUUCUUAAACACAGCAUAUAUAUGCCAUAGAAAAAUUUUAUUAUCUAACUCAACAAUGAGCGAAAGUUCAUUAGAAAAAUAUCAAUUUACUGAUGAAGAAAAAAAAAAAUUGAAUUUAUGUGAUUCAUCAGAUUUAUUAUUUAAUAUUCAAAAUAAGAUGCAAGUAAUGUAUUCUAUGUAUGAUGAUGCAAACAAUGAUUUACAACAUCUAUAUAACGAAAUGUUUCAAAAAGAGAUAAUUUAUAAUUUAUAUAAACUAAGAAAUAAUGAGAAAAUCAACAAAUUAUUAACACCUUCACCAGAAACUGAAACUCCCACAUCUCCAGUUGCACCUCAAGCAGAUCAAAGAACAGGUGAACAAUUAAGAAGAAACGAAGUAACUAUUCAAUCAGAAAAUGUACCAGGUCAAGAAACUCAAUUAGUGAGUGGAAGUGACGAAACACAGCCACGCACUACAGCACCCAACGGGGAUAUGCAGGGAGAUGAAAAUGUUUCAGGUACUCAAGGAACUUUAGAUACUGUAGAAAAUGUUACUACAGAAGAUCACACACAAGACAAAAACAUUUAUAAAUCGUUUUUACUUCAAAAUGAAACAUAUGAAAAUGAAUAUUUUAAAAAUUUUGUAAAUUCUAACGCAGAAUUAAUUAAAGGAAUGAAUGAGCAAAAAGAGCAAGAAUUACUUAACGAAAUUAAUGAAUUAAAAAGAAAGAUAAAUGUAUCAAAUAAUAAUUUCGAUAAAUAUAAAUUGAAAUUAGAUAGAUUAAUGCAUAAGAGGAAUGAAAUUUUACGUUAUAGAAAUGCUAUUAAAAGAGUUAAUAAUUCAAAAGAACAAUUACACAAAAAAUUAAAUAGACUCAAUAAAUCAAAAAGCACAUUGGAAGAAUUCACUGUAUACUUUGAUAAAAAAAAGGAAAUUGAAAAAGCAGAAAUUCAAAAUUUGUUACAAAAUAAUGAAGCAUUAAUGAAACAUUAUAAAUCAAUUAUAAAAUUUUAUAGUGGUGAAUCAUCUUCAUUAAAAACCAUAAGCGAUACCUCAAUUCAAAAAGAAAAUAAUUUCAUAAAUUUAGAGAAUUUUAGAGUAAUAAGUAAAGUAGAAGGAAUAAAAAAGAAAAAUAUUAAUUUAGAGAAAAGUAAUAUAGGUUACUUAUCAAGUUGGUUACAUCAUUUGUUGUUAGUAUUAAAAAAACUUGUAGAAAAUAUUGAUUAUUCAGGUGAUAAUCAACAUGAUGUAAUAGUUAGAGAAUCAUUAGAAUUCCAUGCCGAAUUAAUUCCAGAAAACCCAAAAAGAAAAGAAGGGGAACCUUCAGGUAGUGCUGUAAAUGCAGAAACAAGUGGGGUUACAACUAACGUAGAAGCUCAAGGAACAGAACAUCAACAAACUACAUCUCCAUCGACUACAGAUACUUCAAAUACACAAGGUGCACAACAAUCAGGAGCAAGUGGUCAAGGAAACAGUGGAACUCAAGGAGGCAAUACAAUUGAUAGUAGUUCUCAAACUGAUUCUGUUACUGCUCAAAGUGAUUCAGAUCAAAUAAUAGAAGGAACAUCACAAGAUGAUCAAUUUGAUAAUAAUGUCCUUUCCGGUGUUCCAUAUGCAAAUACUUAUAAAUAUUUGAAUUCGAUAGCUACAACAUAUAUAACUUUAAGAAAAGAAAUAAGAAGAUUUAUUGAUACAUUCAGUGAUAACAUUAUAGAUAUAUUAGAAUCAAACUAUGCAAAAAGAAGUUAUUUCUUAGAAGUAUUGGAUUUUGAUUUAAUUUCAUAUAAACAUGCAUCUUCUUCAGAUGAUUAUAUUAUUGAAGAUCCAUAUAAAAUGCUAGAACCAGAAAAAAAAAGUAAACUUUUAGGAAAUUAUAAGUAUAUAUUAGCAUCAAUAAAAAAGGAUAUAACAUUUGCUAAUGAAAACAUAGCAUAUUUUACAAAAAUGUCUGAAAAAUAUACACAUAAUUUAGAAGAAAUUAAAAGUAUAAUUGAAAAAAAAAAAUUACAGAAUGAAAAACUUCUUCCUUUUUUAACGGACUUUAAUAAACUAUAUGAAAAAUUAAUAGAUAGUGUCACACAUUAUAAAAGUUAUUUAAAUACAAUGAUUGCUAACUUUGAGAAAGAAAAAUCAGCUAUGGAAAAUAUAGUAGAAAAAAUCACAGAAGAAAAAAAUAUUGAUACGAUAAUAGAAACUUUAAAAAAGAAAAAAGAACAAGAUGAAAUAAUAAAUUCAGGUAGUCAUGGCGCAAAUGGAAAACUUUCACCUAAUGAACAUAAUAUGCGUAAACAAUUAUGGAUGAAAUUUAAAAAAUUAAGAAUUAUUAAUGAUGACAUUACCAAUACACUUUUUUCAAAUUAUAUGAAUAAAGAUCUUGGAGAAAUAUAUGAACAUAUUUCAAAACAUAAAUGUUUAAAAACAGUUUGUCCCAUAAAUGCUGGAUGUAUUAGACGUUUAAAUGGAGAAGAGGAAUGUAGAUGUUUUUUGAAUUACAAAAAAGAUGGAAAUAUAUGUAUUCCUGAUGAAAAUGCUUCUUGUCAAAUUAAUAAUGGUGGAUGUGAUGUGAAUGCAAAAUGCUUAAAUAAUGAAAAUGAAAUUAGUUGUAUUUGUAAAUUAAAUGGUUCUUAUCCUAUUCAUGGAGGAAUAUUCUGUAGUUCUUCAAACUUCUUAAGUAUAUCAUUUUUACUAAUUAUUACCUUAAUUUUAUAUAACUUGUUUUAA